AUGCACGGUCGCGAGCGGAGAGCGGGCUCCAGGCGCCGCAGCGUGGCUGCAGGGCCCUCUGGCAUGUCAGCGGCGGUCCUGCGAACGGGCCGCCUGGCCAGACUGCCCCUAUGCUCGGUCGGGUGUAGCGCUGCAGAUGGUGUGGACAAUAGCGCUGCAUGGCGGACCAGGGCGGCUGAACAGCGCAAAAGGCCGCCGAGGCAGGACGGUCACAGCUGCUAA